CAUCUCGUCGAAUGAUGUUAAAUUUAACAGUCAAUCAAAAUUGUCUUUCAUGAAGUGAAUGCAAUAUUUUUAAGAGCAAAUGCGACCAAUCUUUCUCUACACGGCACUGACAUGGUCGAUUUUAGGCUAUGUUUCUGCAAAAAGUAUAGUUAAACCUAACUAUGUUCCUUACUGUACAACACGAGAUAGAUGUAAACCAGCUUGUGGUUGCGAAACGAUUGAAAAUUGUGAAGUGUUAGAAUUGGACGAAUCAGCGAGAAAAAGUAUAGUCAAUUAUCAUAACCAAAUAAGGGACAUUCAGAGCAAUGGGGAGCCAAUACCAGGAGGAAUGACAAUGCUGCAGUAUGACGAAGAUUUGGAAGAGAUAUCAAGAUGCUGGGCGGCCAAAUGUGCCGAAAAUCAUUCUGAAUGUUUCAUUACACCACGUUUUAACGAAACAUCUCAGGCCGUCGCGCAAACGCCGAUAGCAGAAGGUGAGGAGGCGAACAUUGCCUCCUUGAUACAAAUAAUGAACUUUUGGCUGGGACAAGCCUCGGUUAUAUCAGCAGAAACUUUGAGCGAUAUGCCUGCAGGAGCAGAAGGUGAAAAAAUCCACAACUUCGCACAAAUACUCAGUGAUCGUGUACGGUUCGUGGGUUGUGCUUGGAGUAAAAGUCCAUCACAGGUUACAUUUGUGUGUACUUAUGGCCCGAGAGGACCAGCUCAGGGAGAAGCCAUUUUCAGAAUUGGAAGACUUUGCACACUUUGUCCCGAGAAUUAUGCAUGUGAUUAUGUGAAACCCUUCUCUAGAUUAUGCAAAGAAGGAGAAUUGCCUCAACCUGUUCCAACACCUCCCAGUCCUCCACCUGUACCACCUCAAACUCCACCAGUGCAACCACCGCUACCACCGCCUAAACCACCGCAGACUACAAUAAGAGUUGAUACAAAUCCUCCAAGUCUACCACCCUAUCAAUUACAACCCGUAAUUGUUCCUGCGGCUCAGCUUCCACCAAUGAUGCCCUCAACUCAAUUUCCAAUGGAUACACCCCCUCGUCUGCAACCAUUGGCACCUCAACGAAUGUCCAAUGAUCCUUAUACACAACCACAAGCUGCACCUACCGCUCCGGUGACUCCACCCAUGAUGGCUCCACCUUCAAUGUCUCAACCAGCUUUUGCUCCACCACCUGUGACUUCUCCGCCAGUAUUACCACAAACAGCACCCAAUGUUCCACCUGUAAUAGCUCCCCCUGUAUUAGGUCCCCCUGUAUAUUCUUCUCCUGCAGGUGCUCCGCCAAUGUUACCACAAACAGUAUCCAAUGUUCCACCUGUAAUAGCUCCCCCUGUAUUAUCUCCUCCUGCGGGUGCUCCGCCAAUGUUACCACAAACAGUAGCCAAUGCUCCACCUGUAAUAGCUCCCCCUGUAUUAUCUCCUCCUGCGGGUGCUCCGCCAAUGUUACCACAAACAAUAGCCAAUGCUCCACCUGUAAUAGCUCCCCCUGUAUUAUCUCCUCCUGCGGGGGCUCCGCCAAUGUUACCACAAACAGUACCUAAUGUUCCACCUGUAAUAGCUCCGCCUGUGAUAUCUCCCCCUGUGGGUGUUCCUCCAGUAUUACCACAAUCUGUACCUAGAGGGCCACCCGUUCUACAACAAGCAGUACCUAGAGGCCCACCUGUUCCACAACAGCCACUCAAUGCUCCACCUGUUCUUCCACAACAACCUCCCAAUGCUCCACCUGUACUUCCACAAGCAGUAUCUCGUCCUUCACAGUUACCAUCAAAUGUUCCCCCUCCACCUUGUACAAAUGUUCAUUAUCUUCCCAUUUCACCAGAUCCCCCACCCUAUCCGCCAAGAACGCCUCCAAUGAUGUUCCAACCAACAUAUAGAGUCAUGCACCGACCUCAAUGUCCAAUGAGACAACCGUAUUCCAGACAAGUUGCUCCAACGGGAUACUCGAUGAGUGAACGUAUGGUUAAAAUGCCUCCACCUCCUCCUCAACCAACAACAGUUGAAGAUACGUACAUUCCACCCCAGCCUCCCUCAAUGAACUCACAGACACAAAUGUAUUAUCCUCCACAGCCUCCACCAUUACCUCGAAGUUAUCAAUCACCUCAACCACCUCCACGUUUACCUCCACACCAAGCAGCGAAACACCCUCAAUCCCUUCAUACGUAUGGACACACUGCACCAGCACCACCACAUAUUCCACCAGAACCUAAUGCAAAACCACAUUCAAUACCGAGGGUACCACAAAACCCAUACAGAAGACCACCUCAUCUUCCUCAACCUCCAAUGGAGUCACCUGUGAGACCACCAAUGUUGCCAAGUGUACCACAUCAAGUUUUUCCUCAUCAAUUUGUGCAACCUGUACCUCCUCCAAGAAUACCACCUUUCAUAGACUAGAAUAUUAUUCCUACAAAUUCUUUAGACAACUUUCAUCGUUAUUAUCCCUGUAUUACAUAAAAUAAAUUUUGAAGAUUA